GAGAAUAUAUGCGUGCGAAAGAAAACCGAAUGAUACUGUCCGAUAUGUUCUAGUGUGGAUCUCAGUACGUUACAGAUAAUCACAGUACUAACAGUACGAAAAUAGGAGGAUUCGCAGUAUGUCGUGUGCUGUUAGGUUCCUAAGGCAACCGGUGGAUGGCGCCAAGAGUGCUGCUCGGCGAUCAAAAAGAACGGCUCUCGAUCGACCACAGCGCUGUCAUGCGAUACAUCGAGACGAUCAAUCAGAAAAGGCUGAUGCAAUUGUAUUUGUGAUUGUAUUUGUUUUAAAAUCAUCGAACGUGCUCCAAUUGUUCGGAAUAGCGGGCGAUAAAUACUCUCUCUUCGGCGGAUUGGACAGACGUGUCAUCCGCGAUAGUCGAAACUUAAUCAUAAUCGUAGUCGAGUCAUCAUGUGAAUCGAUAUCUUAAGAUUGUCGUUGUAUUUCGAGCAGAGUUCGUCAGUGAAAAUACAUUUUCAGUAUUAUAUUGU